AUGCCAUCCAGUGCUCACUCGGCUUAUUGUACUGGUCCUAGUCCUGUCGUGCCGCAAUCAAUAACUGCUCCUGCCAUGCAUGCAUACUACUACAAAAACACAGCACCCAUAACCGGCCUUGGCUCUCCGGUGAUGCCCGCAUCCUCGCAUCCUCGUGCUCCGCUCUGUUUACAAUCUGCGCAACCGCAUCAACCCCCUGUGGUUUCACAGACCAUGCCGCAUAUGCAACAAAAUCCGCCCAUGAACAAUGGCCUGGGUCAAAAUAGCCAUAUGAACACCCCAAGUCCUGGACGAUUUAAUUCGCCUGGCCCCCAUCCUACGAACUCAACAUACACUUCAACCCGUUCAUCCUCAAGGAAUUGCCAACCAAAUGGUGGUGCACUGUCCAACACACCAGACUUAAUGUCAAUGUCAAUGCAUUCACCACCGACCAAUUUUCAUUACUGGACUUCUAACACUUCCAAUCCGCCUACAUGCGCAUCACCAUAUACGCACGGGACCAGCAAUCUGACCGCACAACACAACAACUACAACAAUUCAUCGGUCACCCCGGUGUCUAGCAGUGCGGUGCCAGGAAAGGGCACUAGUUCGGGGAUCAAAACCAACACGAGUAACCACAGCACGACUAACAACAGUAGCAAUACUAACAACGGACAUUCAAAGGUGUCAUCUCAGAAUUCUGGGCAUCGCCCAUUGUGGAAAGAUCGACCCCAUGUUGGUCGGUACAGUUUAAUUCGCACAAUUGGAAAAGGAAAUUUCGCCAAGGUAAAAUUAGCCCAACAUCUAACCACAGGAAUGCAGGUUGCUGUCAAGGUGAUCGAUAAAACCCUUUUGAACCAUUCCAGCAUGCAAAAGUUGUUUCGUGAGGUGCGGGUUUUGAAGACACUGAACCACCCAAAUAUAAUCAAACUGCUUGAGGUGAUCGAAUCUGAGCGUCAUUUGUACCUGGUCAUGGAAUACGCUAGUGGUGAAUAUCCAAACACUUUUUCCACGCUUGUCUACGCGUUUGAAUCAGGGCACAAUGAAAGCUGGUCAUUUUUUGUUCCGUCUAUAGACCUGUCUUUGGGUGUGCANGUUACCGCAGGUCAACACGUCCCGACUACGGUGCGUCGUCUCAUCUUUUGCACUGUGCUGGACAUGCUCGCACUCCUUUAUCCAUGUCCUAAUUUCUUCCCCUUGGGUUUUUGUUGCUCACUCUCGUUGGUCGCUCUGUUUGCAUCCGUGGUCGCGAAUCAAUUUCGGCGGGAUUUUGGAAUUGCGCGCAUACCAUUCAUCCGUGGUGCACAGGCGCAGAUUUCAACAGAUGCGCGACCCAAUGACCGACUGAUGUCUACCCUGGCAUUUAGCCAUUCAGAUGCACCCAACCCAUUCUUCCUCCCACUCAGUAUGCUGUGGUUUGUGCUAGAUUCCUCACUCCGCGAAAACGAACGUGUUCUACAGCCCAAUUUCCCUGGGGAAGUGUUCGACUACCUUGUCUCACAUGGCAAAAUGAAGGAGGCGGAUGCACGAGUCAAAUUCCGACAAAUUGUGUCUGCCGUUCAGUAUUGUCACCAGAAAAUGGUUGUUCAUCGCGAUUUGAAGGCGGAAAAUCUGCUGUUGGACGCGGAUUUGAAUAUCAAAAUCGCGGAUUUCGGUUUUUCCAACUAUUUUUCUACCUCACAAAAACUGGACACAUUUUGUGGUAGUCCACCCUACGCUGCACCGGAGUUGUUCCUUGGACGCAAAUACGAAGGCCCUGAGGUGGAUGUCUGGUCUUUGGGUGUGAUCUUGUACACUUUGGUCAGCGGUACAUUGCCAUUCGAUGGGAAAAAUUUGAAGGUGCGUUCAUUCCCCUUCACCCCUUCCUGUCCGCUUUGCUUAUUGUAG